AUGCUACUAUAAGCUUUGGCAUAUUGCACUCAUAAAGUGCCGGAAGAUGAUCUGUAUUUCCACAUAAUUUGGACACCAUAAGAUGUUCAUUCAAACGUCACAUGAGAUUACUUCCUCAACGCGCAUUCACGCGCAGCGCAGGUUUGGACCCAUCGUGUUAUUGACACCGUUACUGGACUAGUGAUUUAGCGAUUACUUUUAGACCAUUUCGUCCAAUUUAUGCUGAUUGUUCAUGGGAUAUUAUAACAUGCAUCGUAAAAACUAACGGACCGUUAUUUUUAGCGCUUCCGCAAAGAGGCGGAUCGUUGUGCGUUAUAGAACCCUUCAUGAAAAAUACUGGCAUCUGAAAGAAAAUCAAUCUCAGGACAUACCCUGUUACAAAAUUGUGCUAGACCAAUUCACUUCAUAAUGGUCUCCAUCUCAACGUGUGCUUAAGUCCAAAUUGGCAUCCCCUCACGAACACACACUAGGAGCAUGGAAGGCAUUUGUUUUGAAGUAAAACCCAGAAGUGACCCUGUCAGAGGUCAUUCUCUCUGUACCCUCGCACAAACUCGCCCCGGGUCUGGGGAUAUGAGAGAUGGAGCAGUGGAGAUUCAGUACAGGUUAACUCUGGUUGGCUCAUUGGCCAUCCAUCCAAAGACCACCAUGACCAUGCUCCCCUGGGUGGUGGCUGAGAUACGCAGGCCUCACCAGAGGGAGAGGAACAGAAGCCCUGAAUUCACAGGAGCCCACUCUCAGGAGGUUCGAGAUCAGCCUGUGGUGCUGCAGAUUUCAGCCAACUCCGUCCGUUGCAUUCUGGACACAGCAGGGCCGGGGAAGCCGUGGGACCCAUUGCAAAAUAUGGUUCUGUUUGAUCACCGACCUCAUCUGUUAACCAAACUCAUUCACAACAGCCAGGAGCCGAGCUGUUUCGGCUGUCUGCUCAGAAAGGAGAAGACCGCAGCCUGCUAUGUGUUCCGCUGUCAGGACCAGCUCCAGGUUCCUGAGAUCAUCAGCACUCUUAGGCAGGCCGGCAAAAGUUCUGCCCGACACGAAGAGGCGCCCUCAUCUCUGCCUAGCAACGGUCAGACGGAUGCCUCCUACUACACGACGGCUGAUGCUGCAACAGCUUUCGCUAAGAAAUUUGAGGUGUUAUUCUGCGGGCGGGUGGUGGUGGCCCACAAGAAAGCGCCGCCAGCUUUGAUAGAUGAAUGUAUUGAGAAGUUUGGACGUGCUAGCGUAACGGGCUCCUUCGCAGCAGGUUUCAGACGGGCGUUCUCGCUCACACAGAUGACAAAUGGAUCGACCGAGGGGGCGGAUGGAGGAGGAAAGAGACCUCUUUUUUUUAAAAGAGAUCCCAGCUUUCCGUCUCUGCAGGCACUGGAUGAGAACGGCCUGUCACCAGAGAUCCAGCGACGGGCUGCUGGCGGGGCCGCAGGGGUCCAACCCACCAGCCUGCAGGAAAACAGAACCAUGUUGUUCACUAUUGGACGUUUUCAGAUCUUUCUCGUAAGUCCUGACACUAAGAAGGUGGCCAUAGAGAAGAGCUUCAGAGAGAUCUCCUUCUGUUCACAGGGUAUUCGUCAUGUGGACCACUUUGGCUUCAUAUGCAGGGAGACGGUGGAGUGUGGAGGUUGUCAGUUUGUCUGUUAUGUGUUCCAAUGCGCCAAUGAAGCUCUGGUGGAUGAGAUCAUGUUGACUUUGAAGCAGGCGUUCUCCGUGGCAGCCCUCCAGCAGAACAGUAGGACCCAGAGUCAACAGUGUGACAGCUGUCCCCUGCAGCAGCUUCAUAGAGUCUGUGACAGAAUAGAGGGUCUACAUCCAUCCAAAGCCAAGCUGGAACUACAGAAGCAUUUGGCAGGGCUGGAAAAUCAGGAGCAGGCAGCUGUUUUUGAGACCACAAUGAAAGCCAGGCCGAAGUCGGAUCAGGAGGAGAACGAGUUGAUCGUAUCAUGUCUCAGGCGACAUUACGAGGACAAACAGAAGACACACACUCACACACACGAUGGAGAGACAAAAAAGGCUACUCAGGAGGGUCCGGUGAAUGCAGAAAGUAGUAUGAGUUCCAGUCGUGUGCGUCUGGAGGAAUUCAAGUCUAGAGCAAAGCGAUCGCUCACUGAAUCAUUGGAGGGGAUCUGGAAGGGCGGCACUAAGUCCAAACCCCAGAAGGAGAACUGUGAAGAAGAGAGCAACUCCUCCAGCUCCACCACAAUAAACAGCACAAACCAGGAAACAUCAUUGGAGGAACCUCUCUGUUCUCUCCUCCCCUCGAGUCCACUCCGCUCCCAUAAUUCCACGGGGGACCUGAAGCGCCUCGAAGGCUCAGUCGCAGGUCACGAGAGUCCUGAGAGCCCGCCUCAGGGUUUCAGGCGGCGAGCGAGCACGAUCAGUCACUCUCCCACGCUGUCGUCGACCAGCCCGAGCCUUCCCCCUCAACAGCUCUCUGCAGCCAACAAACCCAAACUGGUCCGGCACUACUCUGUCAGCACAGACUCUCCACACCAGAGCAAUCUUUCCUCUUCCUCUUUACGGCCUAUGAGGCCACGUGCUUUUGAUCUUGAUCAUUCCGCUCGGCCCCCUAAGCGAAGUCCAUCAGGGCUGAGUGGGUUCAGGGCGAGAUUACACUCCUCUGCUUCUGUACCAAAUUUCCUCAAAUUUCUGGCCCCUUUAGUGGAGAGCGAUGAUAGCUGUGACUCUCAGAGGAAGAGUGAUGUGGCAGCUCUGUCCAGUCCUGGUGCCGUGUGUGUCAUUGGUGAUGACAGUCCAUUACGUAACCGAAGACAUUCCUGGAGACAACAGAUCUUCUUAAGAGUCGCCACACCACAGAAGGGCUCAGACAGCAAAGAAUCUACCUUAGAAGUCGGUAGCAGAAUGGCGCUCGGAGGUGGAUUGGGGGGCGGCGACAGUUCUCUGGGGGCGGUACCUGAGGAGAGGAGAAAGUGGAGUGGGGAGGAGAUGAGGGAAUUGUGGCGGAAAGCUAUUCUUCAACAGAUCCUACUGCUGCGGAUGGAGAAAGAGAACCAAAAACUUCAAGCUUCAGAGAGCGAUCUGCAGUGCAGACGACUGAAGCUGGACUACGAAGAGAUCACCCCCUGCCUGAAAGAUGUCACCUUGGUGUGGGAAAGGAUGCUGUGUACCUCUGGGAGGUCCAAGGUCAAAUUCGACACACAGGAGAUCCACACAGCCAUGGGACAAGGUGUUCCCCGUCAGCAUCGUGGAGAAAUCUGGAAGCUUCUUUCGGAGCAGUAUUUGCUGAGGCAGGAGGUGCCCAGCCCCAAACCUCCAAAUAACAUCACUCCUUAUAAAGACCUCCUGAAACAGCUCACAUCCCAGCAGCAUGCCAUCCUCAUAGACCUGGGACGUACGUUUCCCACUCAUCCGUAUUUCAGCGCUCAGUUGGGUGCUGGCCAGCUGUCCCUCUAUAAUCUGCUGAAGGCUUAUUCUCUGCUGGACCCAGAGGUGGGCUACUGCCAGGGCUUGAGUUUUGUGGCGGGUGUGUUGCUGCUCCAUUUGAGCGAAGAAGACGCCUUCCAAAUGCUCAAAUUUCUCAUGUACAACAUGGGGCUGCGGAAACAGUACAGGCCUGAUAUGAUCAUACUGCAGAUUCAGAUGUACCAGCUGUCUCGUCUGUUGCAUGACUAUCACAGGGAGCUUUACACUCAUCUGGAGCAGUAUGAGAUCGGCCCAAGUCUCUACGCUGCCCCUUGGUUCCUCACUGCCUUUGCCUCUCACUUUCCACUGGGAUUCGUGGCCCGAGUGUUUGACAUGCUGUUCCUCCAGGGAUCAGAGGUCAUCUUCAAAGUGGCCUUGAGUCUUCUUGGGAGCCACAAGCCAUUGAUUCUUCAACACGACAAUCUGGAAACUAUUGUUGAGUUUAUCAAAACAACUUUACCCAAUCUAGGCCUGGUGCAAAUGGAAAAGACAAUCAAUCAGGUGUCUGAGAUGGAUAUCAGUAAGCAGCUGCAAGCCUAUGAGGUGGAAUAUCACGUUCUUCAGGACGAGCUCUUAGAUGGCCCCUCCACUCUAAGCCAGUCGCAGAGGGUUGCCCAGUUGGAGAAGACCAAUGGAAGUCUCCGACAGCAAAACCUGGACCUUCUCGAGGAGCUACAGGUUGCUCAUGCAAAGAUCCGAUGCCUGGAGACCCGUGUAGAGGGCCAGGUGAGCCGAGAGGCUGAGCUGCAGUUAGAAGUUAAGACUCUGCAGCAAGAACGGGAAGAGCUGCUCCAGACUGUCUCUGACCUGAAAGCUCUCGACAGCAGCCUGGGCAUAAACAUCCUCUGCCAAACCCCAGAAGACCUCAGCAGCACAAGCACCAACUAGGCAUAGAUGGAGAUGUAUUGAUUUUGUUAAAUUCAUGAAACUUGACUUUCCUAAACAGGAUUUGGAAAAACAUCUGCUUUUAUGCUCCUCCUCUUCCUGGUGUGAUGUAGACAUCGGUUGUGAUGCAAUCCUCUCUCCCUAUUGGCUCUGUUCUCUUCCGGACUGUCUCAGUGGAGGUGGACAGGGUGAGGUUAACAGGACUCUUCCUUCACCCGAGAACUUCUUUCGGAGAACUGACACAUCUGCAUAAAAACAACUUUAAAGAUCAAAUUGCUGGUGCUUUGAGCUUUUAUAAUUGAAGUUUACCUUCCAGGUGUCUUUUGAGUCAUCGCUUUUAAAAGAUGCCGUUUUUCCCUCCCUGUCAUCAUUUUGAAGUCAUUACCACGGCAAUGACCCAGACAAAGCCUCUCUUAGGUAGAUUUGCCUCGACUGGUCUGUUUCCACGUAUAAUGACAUGUGAUUGACAGUUGCCAGUUAGCACUGACUGGCACUUUCUAUACGGACGAAUGCACUCUUGCUGUGUAGCGCAAUAUUUGCACCCUCUUCUUGUCACGCAAGCGUGUUAGUUUAUGUGUGUGUGUCCAUGUGGCCAAUAACUCACCCAUUACAAGUGCAAUAGAAACUGAAUAAUAAAAACGACAGCCUUCCAAAACACUGUAAACCUGCGCAUCUGUUCUACCAAAAAGGUGCAUUUUUAAAAAACAGAUAGACGUCUGUUUUAUAAACUUUUUUAUUGGAGACUGAAAUGCUGCUGAUUUCACAAAAUAACAUUUAAAACUUAAAAAAUUGUUGUUCCCUUUUUAUUCUCACACAUUAAAGUAUUUGUAAUGCAAAAUUUGCCUUACACAUAUGUUUAACCUUAGAAUUUCAGAACCGUUUAGUUUGUUGUGCGAAACAAGAAUGUAUUUUUGGUACCUUUUUUAACCAAAGACAUUAAUUUUAUGUUCAGACUUUCUCUGUGACGAACAGCAUGUGUCGCAUAUUUAUGUGUGUUGUUCAUAUGUUUAUCUGUAGGGUCGCUGUACGCGUGUCAGCAUUUUAAACACGAUGGAACAUUGUCACCUUAAUUGGAGCGUGAAAUGUUUUGACAGAUCUGAAGAGGUAAAAGGGUGUGUUUACGGAAACAAAAAUGCUCUUGAAGCAUGUGCGUGACUAUAUUCUUGCCCUUUGACCUCUUGUGCUCUUCUGGAGAAUUCCAUUUGUGUUUCUCAGUGACACUGUUAAAACAUCAUUCUUGAUGAAGUGGUUUGUUUUUAUUGAUUUUUAUGAAGAGUUAGUCUUCUUAGUGUUUUCAUUAAACUACAUUUUAAAUUG